AUGGUCUACCUAUCUUCUGCAGUCAAGGUGCUCUUCACCGCGGCUCUCUUGGGCGAGGCCAUUGCCCACCCGGGCCACGAUGUAACAGCAGAAAUCGCCCAGCGUAAUGCUGCUCUCAAGAACACCAAGCGUGACCUCACUCACUGCAGCGAUGCUGUGACCAAGCGCGACAAUCAAAUCAAGCAGGCAAAGCGUCGACAAGCCGCUAUCGAGGCUGCCAGAGCUAAGCGCGGCUUGCCCCAGAAGCGCCAUUUGAACUCACUCAGGGCCCGCAACUUGACAAGCGUUACUGAUGCCUCUCAUCUCUCGAACCUUACAGUAUCGCCCUAUACUCCGGGCGUCGAGGAGAUAAUCUUCAGCAACACCUCCUGCAUCCUCUCCGAGGAAGGCGAAGUUGGGCCCUUCUGGGUCGAAGGCGAAUACAUCAGAUCCAACAUCACCGAGGACGAGCCCGGCAUCCCCGUCAUCGUCGACGCGCAGUUCAUCAACGUCAACACCUGCGAGCCAAUUCCAGAACUCAUGUGGGAUCUGUGGCACUGCAACGCAACAGGUGUUUAUGGCGGUGUUAUCGGGUCUGGGAAUGGAGACAGUGAAGAUUUGAGCAAUUUGAACAAUACCUUUUUAAGAGGACUCCAGCCUACAGAUGAGGAUGGUGUGGCCCAGUUUGAGAGUAUCUUCCCGGGGCAUUAUGCUGGCCGUGCUACACAUAUGCAUGUUCUUGCGCAUAUCAACGGGACGACCUACGCAAAUGGGACGUAUCAGGGUGGUCAAAUUCCAUACAUCGGCCAGUUGUUCUUCGAUCAGGACUUGAUUAGCGAAGUCAACACCCUCAGUCCAUAUGUCGAGAACACCAUCGAGAUUGUUGACAACGUGGACGAUAGGGUUGUUGCGUCCGAGACGGAGACAGGCGCUGAUCCGAUUUUCAACUACGUAUUAUUGGGAGACACCGUGGACCAAGGAUUGUUCCUCUGGAUUGAGAUGGGCGUUGAUGCCACGGCCGAUUAUGUGGAUGGAGCAACUGCCGCUGCUGAAUUGACGUCUGAUGGGGGUGUGGAGGUUACGACUACGACUACGACGACGGGCAACAGUACUAACGGAACUGCUCCUUCUGGUGUCCCUUCUAGUACUGCUGCUGCGGAUAAGAGAUCUGUCUUCAAAUUAUGGUGA